AUGAUCCUCUUCAAAAAUGUUGAACUUCUGUCGCUUGCAUCUCUGUUCCUAAUACAAUCUUCCAAUGCAUUGCCUCAUCACGAGUUUCCCCUUCUCAACCGCCGCGAUGACUCCGACGUAAGCGUCAAUGCCACUGGUGGGAAUGAAGCCAGCACAAUUCUACACCCUGUUAUUCCUCCUGCCAUUGACCCCGAGGAUCUUGACAUCCUCAAACUCGACACUUCAGUUACGCUGGCGUGGGCCAGGCCCACCACUCAGCACAAAAGGAAGCGCAGUGAUGGCAUCUUCUCCCAAGCGAACUUGACCUUUGCUUAUCCAACAAUACCGCUUGAUUACUCCAAUUACGUCUCGGAUAUUUCUUGCAAAGUCGGCCGUCUGACUGCCAGACUGAGUGACGGUGCUUACGACCUUGCAAAGUCGGCCUGGAAAGGGAAAGGUCCUAUCAUCCUUGUAACGGCAGUGGAUGGUUGCGGUGACGAUGAUACCAACGAAUUCUUCAUUACCAAGUCAAUCACAUUCUCAGACAAAGACCACACUUUCACUGCUAAGGGCCUUUCAGUCGGAUACAGAGAUGUGGUUACUCAUUUUGACCUGGCUUGGGGUAAUGUUGGAACAUUGAAGUUGAAGCGAUCUAUGGACAAGAGAGACAUAUUCCAGACACAUGCCCUUCAUCCACGAGUCACCUUGCCUAAAGCCUCAUGGGACAUCAAGCUCAGCGAUCCACGGGUCUUAGGCGUCGACUCAUCUGCACCAUGGGAGAACGCCGCACUGCUCUACAAAUACGGCAAGGCAGGUGGCACAAAAGACAACUCAUUUUCGAAGGGCCAAGUGUCUAAUCAGGAUAAUUCUACUUUCCCUCCCAAUCCCAAGAAACCUGCCUCCGUUGAUUACGGCCUUGGCCUGUACUGCGUGGACUGUAGCUUUGGAGGCACAACCCAAAUAUGGGGAAGCAUUGCGGCCAAAAUGCAGAUGUCACGACCCUUCGUCAAAGUUUCCAAAGUCCAGACCGGAUUCGAUGCUACCUUUAGAGCCGCUAUCAACCUCGGCCUCGAAGCUUAUGUCAAAUAUGGACAGAAGUACGAACAAGUCCUGCAAAGAUAUCCACUCACCCCGUGGAAUAUUCCCGGGUUAGCAGACAUCGGGCCUUUUGUCGAUUUAUCAGUGGAGGCCAGUGCGGAAAUCAAGACUACCGGCCAAUUCCUCAUGGGCUCUACUGCUGAGUGGGAUAAUGUCAAUGCACGAGUUGACUUUCUUGACUCGAGCAACAGCUACGCCAAUGGCUUUGUCCCCAGCGUUUCUGCAGAAGCGCGCGCUUCGGGACAAGUUGGCGUCAGAGCUUCUCUUGGUAUGCCGCUGAGACUUGGAGUUGGAGUCAACAUCUUCCAUGGUCUUUGGGUAGCUGAGGGAGCUGUUAAGGAUACGCCCAGUGCGUCAGCUGGGGCUAGUUUCCAGGUGUCUACUGAUACCAAUGCGGGAACAGAUAUCAACGGCGGUUGUUACGGCGUUACUUGGAACGUGGGACUUGACAACAGCGUGACAGCAGUUGUCGAUAUCACUGGUCUGACAACCAUCAACUACCCUCUUACAGACCCCAUGACAUAUGAGGUAGCCUCUGGCUGCAUCGGAUACAAAAAGCCCACCGAUACCACAUGUUCUCCAACCUCGGUUGUUCCAAACCCUCGAAUCCCCAAAGGACAGACGUGCAAGAAAAGCACCGCGUUGUCACGUCCUACUACGAAAUCCUGGCUUGGGGCUGCUAGUCCAGUCAAGGAUCUAGGUACAUGUGCUACCAAGUGCUUCAAGAACAGCAAGUGUAUCAGUUUCAGUAUGAGCAAGAAGAAGUCUUGUCAGAUGUAUACCUCUUCCUACAAGAGUUUGAAAUGGCAGUAUCAGCCAGAUUAUCCGGAGUUAUCUCUCUAUGACAGGGCUUGCUAUGCCUAUCAGGUGUGUAAUUGA